GCGCGCAUGUAGUCGCUAGCAGAGGGAGGAGCGGGGAGGAGGAGGAGCAGAAGCAGAAGCGGAGCAAGAGCGGCAGGAGCAACUCCUUGACCACCUCCAGAGUUUCGAGGGAAACGUAGCUGGAAGGAGAGAGGCUGCUGACGGCGGCUGCUUGAGGCUGAGCUCUUCAAAACAGCUGGAAGUUGUGUUGUACAGUGUGCACAGAAUGAAAAGAAACUGUUGGCGAGGCAGAAUUUGCUGGCGAGACAAUCGAAGGCCAGGUCCCAAUCAGUCUUGGAGGAUACGCCACCGCUGGACUUCUUUAGCAAGGCUAGGGUCUAGAGAAGAACCACCAGAGGACCCAGACACUAGCCAAGAUGAAUCUCCCUCUACAUCAUCUGAUCUAUUCCAGAACUUUCCACCACCUGAAUUGCCAGGAUUUUACUACGAUGCUGAAAAGAACCGCUACUUUCGUUUGCUUCCUGGGCAUAACAACUGCAACCCUCUCACCAAUGAGAGUAUUCAGCACAAAAAGAUGGAGAGUCAAAGGCUAAAGCUCUUGGAGGAGGAGGAGAAAUGCAUGAAGAAAACAUCCAGGAUUGGGCUGAACUCUUCAAUCAUUUUACGCAAGAGGCAGUUAGGUUUGCCUAGCUCUAUCAACUAUCGCAGGUCAAUCCAUGAAUUAAAAGUGAAUUGCAUGCAGAGAAGGAAAUUAGAAAUUGAGAGCCCAGAUUCCUCUGUUUCUGGAAGCAACAAUUUUAAAUUGAUAAUGGCGGACAGUGCCUCUGAAAGAAUAUUCACUGUGAAUGAUGUAGAGCACGGAGGAUGUAAAUGUGGUAUUGUCAACCUCAGUGGUUUGGGGAAGAAUACUCUUUCUGUGGAAAUGUAUGACAACCUGUAUUUUACAAACCGCAAGGUGAAUUCUGUGUGUUGGGCCUCACUAAGUCAUCCGGAUUCCCAUGUGUUGCUGUACCUCAUGGGCAUUGCAGAAACUCUCGGCUGUGCCAGCCUGCUUCCAGCAUCUUUGUUCAAUAACUCUAAUGCAGGAGACCAACCUGGAAUGUUGUGCAGCUUCAAGAUCUCCACAGCCUGGUCCUGUGCUUGGUGUCUGAAUCCUCAGGCUGAUAAUUACUUUAGCACAGGUUUAAGUCAACAAGUCCAUGUGACCAAUGCAGUGACCGGUCAUCGUCAAAUAUUUUCUAUCAGCAGUGAUGCUCUCGCACAGCAGUUUGCCACCCAGGCUCCAGUGCUGUAUAAUGGCUGCCGUUCAGGGGAGAUUUUCAGCAUUGAUAUCCGCCGACCCAUCAAUAUAGGGCAAGGGUUGAAAACCCUCCGGCUGUUUCAUGACUCUGCAGUCACAUCUGUGAAUCUUCUGAAGGAUGAGCAGUACCUCCUGGCUGCAGACAUGGCAGGCCAGAUAAAGCUCUGGGAUCUGAGAAAACUAAAAUGUGUGAAAGAAUAUCACGGUCAUCACAAUGAACAUAGCAUUCUGCCUUUGCAUGUCAAUGAGGAAGAAGGGCUUCUUACAGCAGUGGGCCAGGAUUGUUAUACACGAAUUUGGAGUCUCCAAGACGCUCAUUUGCUACGGACUAUCCCUUCUCCACAUCCAUUUUCCACUGACUCCAUCCCAAGUGUGGAGUUUUCGUCACAUCUUGGAGGCUCCCGAGGGGUUCCCGGCUUGCUUAUGGCUGUCAAGCAGGAUCUCCAUUAUUUCUCCUAUAAAACAGACGAUCCAUAUUGCCUGCCUACCAAAGAAGCGGACCAUUCCACUCCACCUUAGUGAUGGAGAACAAAAAUGUGGAGGCUGUCCGCCCUGCAUAUUGUUGUACGGAAAUGGGCUAUGGUUCUUUCCUUUUAACAUUCUUUAUUUUCUUAUUUCGUGAACGCUUUCUCUUCAGUUUUCAUAUUUCAGAAUAUUGUGAAUAAAGCCAACUGGUUAUGGGA